AUGGACACCGUCGCGUUCUACUGUUUGCUAGCUCUUCUUCCUCUUCUGUACUGCUUCGUCGCCCUCUUCCAUGGCUCACGGGACAGCGGUCUGCGGCUCCCUCCUGGGCCGUGGCGGCUCCCUCUCGUCGGCAGCCUCCACCACCUUCUCGGCGCGCUGCCGCACCGCGCCCUGCGCGACCUUGCUCGCCGUCAUGGCCCCGUGAUGCUGCUCAGGUUCGGCGAGGCCCCGGUGGUAAUCGCCUCCAGCGCCGACGCGGCGAGGGAGGUGCUGAAGACGCACGACGGCGUCUUCUCCACGCGGCCGCUGAGCGCGGUGGUGAGGGCCUUCACCAAGCACGGCGCCGGGAUCACGUUCGCGCCCUACGGCGAGCACUGGCGGCAGAUGCGGAAGAUCUGCCGCCUCGAGCUGCUCAGCCCCGCGCGCAUCCUGACGUUCCGCGCCGUCCGCGAGGAGGAGGCGGCGCGGCUGGUCAAGACCAUCGCCUCGUCGUCGUCGUCGGCGUCGUCGUCACCGGCGGUGGCGCCGGCGCUCGUGAACCUGAGCGAGCUGCUCGGCAACUACGUGACGGACACGACGGUGCACAUCAUCAUGGGCGAGCGGUUCAGGGAGCGCGAUGCCCUGCUCCGGUACGUCGACGAGGCCGUGCGGCUCGCCGGCAGCCUCACCUUGGCCGACCUGUUCCCGUCGUCAAGGCUGGCCCGCGCGCUGAGCAGCGCGACCCUGCGCGCCACAGACAAGUUCAUCGACUCCCUCAUGGAGUUCAUGGACUGCGUCAUCAGAGAGCACCUCGAGAAGAGGUCGUGCCAGGGAGAACGCGAGGAUGACAUCAUCGACGUCCUCCUCCGGCUCCAGGCGGAAGGCACCCUGCACUUCGAGCUCACCACAGGCAUAAUCAAAGCAGUCAUUUUUGUAAGCUCAUGUCAUGUGUUUUUGUCAAUUUCUCUAUCAAUUCAUGAUCUUUUCUCCGGUGGGAGCGAGACGGCGACGACAACACUGCAAUGGGCCAUGGCGGAGCUCAUGAGGAACCCAAAUGUGAUGUCUAGGGCACAAGCAGAGGUCAGGGAAGCCUACAGGGAGAAAAUGAAAGUAACCGAGGAGGGCCUGAAUAACUUGGCAUAUCUACACUGUAUCGUUAAGGAAACCCUAAGGCUCCACAUUCCGGGGCCAUUGGGUCUACCAAGGGAGUGCCAAGAGCAAUGCCAAAUACUUGCCUAUGACAUACCAAAGGGGGCAACCGUCUUCAUAAAUAUAUGGGCGAUAUGUAGGGACUCUGAGUAUUGGGAUGAAUCCGAGAAGUUCAUACCAGAGAGGUUCGAGGGGAGUACAAUAGAAUACAAAGGUAACAACUUUGAGUUCUUACCGUUUGGCGCGGGGCGAAGAAUUUGCCCUGGGAUGCAAUUUGGGCUUGCUAAUAUUGAGCUAGCUCUCGCCAAUCUUCUGUUCUAUUUCGAUUGGAGUCUCCCGGAAGGUGUUCUCCUGGAAGACAUGGACAUGACAGAAACCAUGGGGAUCACUGCUAGGAGGAAGGAGGAUCUUUCUGUGCAAGCUACUCCAUGUGCACAAAUCCCCUAGUCGUUGUUUGCUUCACUUUGAUGAUGUUUUAGCUUGUUGGUUAUCCUACUGUACUUCUAGAAGAAGAAUAAAAUCCCACAUGCCAUUGUAUUUUUUACUGCAAUGUUUUGAAAUAUACUACUGACUCGAAA